UGGAAGCAUCGCCACAUUCCCCACAUUGUGUUGAGCUUCACACAGCUGUUGCAGCCUCCAGCCUACGUUGGUGAGGAGAUCCCAGACCCACGAGAAAAAAAUGGACUUCAACGGAACAUGGCAGGUUUACUCUCAGGAGAACUACGAGGAGUUCCUCAGGGCCAUGGAUCUCCCAGAGGACGUCAUCAAGAUGGCCAAGGACAUCAAGCCAAUUACUGAGAUCAAGCAGAAGGGCAAUGACUUUGUUAUCACCUCCAAGACCCCUGGGAAGUCUGUGACCAACGCCUUCACCAUUGGCAAGGAGGCUGACAUCACCACCAUGGACGGCAAAAAGCUCAAGUGCAUUGUCAAUAUGGAGGGUGGAAAAAUGGUCUGCAAUACCGGCAAGUUCAUCCACAUCCAAGAGCUCAAGGGAGGAGAAAUGGUUGAGACAUUGACCAUGGGCUCAACAUCUCUCAUCAGGAAGAGCAAAAAGAUGUAAACUUGGCAGUGAAGAAACCAUUGUCUAUUUAAAAUAAAAUUGUUGCUUGAUAA